CAUGAUAGAUUUUAUAAUUAGCAUUAUCAUAAAAUAUUUCGUGUUAAUCACAAAAUGUAAGGUGGCAACACCUGUACCAAUUUCUACCGUAGUAGCAGGUCUCGUACUUCACUUGGCAGAAAAAUUAGACAAAAUCCAUUAGAUACAUAGGUUUUAGCCGAUUCUUCAAAUUUAGGACUUCAUACUCUCACUAAUUUUAGCUAUACGUAAGGAUCCUAGUCACCACAAACUUCAUUAAAGACAAAUUUCAGCAUUAUCACGUAAACAGCAAAACUAAGCAAGUCGUUGGGCCUUAAGCUUAAAAAUGGCCCAAUCUAAAGCCCGAAACUUCCUUCCCGAAAGAAGGCGGCCCAGUUGGAGCUUCGGGAUAGGAUAGGAUAGACCGGCAGCCAAAACCGUCCCCGCCGAUCAGUGAGGGCGGAAGGAGGACAUUUGUUAUUUUUUUCUUUUCCUCUUUCUUUUAGGGAUUUAUCCAAUCCAUCCAGUAGCUAGAGAAGCAGCACAAUCCCCAGAAACUCCAGUCUCCAACCAUGGCGUCUUCUAUCUCAACAUUCAGCAACCCUUCUUCUUCUUCCGUCAGCGCCGGCUUUCACGGUGAUAAGCUAUCUUCGUCUCUGUUUGGCGCCGGCAUCAGUAGCUUGUCUUCUCACCCCCGCGGGUCUCUUCAAUUCUUCCAAAUCUCGCCCUCCCGCCUCUCCCCCAGACCACUCUCUCUGCGGGCGAUGGCUCCACCAAAACCCGCCGGCGGCAAGGCUAAGAAAGUGGUUGGGCUCAUUAAGUUGGCUCUGGAGGCUGGAAAGGCUACUCCGGCGCCUCCAGUCGGCCCGGCAUUGGGUUCCAAAGGUGUCAACAUUAUGGCCUUUUGCAAGGAUUACAAUGCCCGAACUGCUGAUAAAGCUGGUUAUGUCAUUCCUGUUGAGAUUACCGUCUUCGAUGACAAGAGCUUCACUUUCAUUUUGAAGACACCCCCUGCUUCAGUUCUGUUGCUCAAGGCCGCAGGAGCGGAGAAAGGUUCCAAGGACCCGAAGAAUGAGAAAGUGGGUAUGAUAACCAUUGAUCAACUGCGGACAAUUGCUACAGAAAAGCUGCCAGAUUUGAACUGCACCAACAUCGAGUCUGCAAUGAAAAUCAUAGCGGGAACAGCAGCUAAUAUGGGCAUUGACAUUGAUCCCCCUGUUCUAGAACCCAAAAAGAAGGAACUAGUGUACUAGUUCUCUCUGUGCCCCACUUGGGGACUUGUAUUUGUUUUACCAUGUUUGUAUUCAGAAAUCAUCCGUUUGAGGCUUACAACUGUGUGAAAGUAGGGAAAUUAUGGAAAGGGCUUGGUCUAAAUUUGCUCAGUUGAGGUCGGCUCUGUUUAUAACGAGAGAGUUGUUCCUCGAACGUGUGGUGUAGUCAAUUUUUUCAGAUACCAUCGUUUGUUUUUUUCUUUUUUCUGCCAUAGUAACAGCCCAUGUUAAGAUUCUCUCUACCAAAUUCAAUAUGCAAACAGUGACAUGGUUCCCCCUCUACGAUAAACAAGGUAGCAAAUGCGAAUUGUCUGCAUUUUAACUCAUGCGUGCACAAAGCAGGACAGAGAUCAGACAAGAGUAUUAAAAUGUGAAGAGAAAACGGGCGCCAAAGGUUCUGAGGUUCACAUCAAACUACUCGAUUCUCCGAAGACCACAUAUUGUGAGGUAUCAUCCAACAAAAGGGAACAAUUUGG